AUGCAAUAUGUAAUUCGACAAUUUGACGUGGAAACGGCGUUUUUGAAUGGUGACUUGGAAGAAGACGUUUACAUGGAGGCACCAUAUGGAAUUGAAAUUGCACCUGGAAUGGUGCGCAAAUUACGACGCAGCUUAUAUGGAUUAAAACAAGCGGCUGCGGUUUGGCACAAGAAAAUAUGCUCUGUGUUUUCGGCCAUGGGCUUCGAACAAUGUCGAGCGGACACAUGUCUUUUUGUUCGACGCAAUAAUGCAAAAAAUAAGUCACCCACAUACAUAGUCUUGUAUGUGGACGACCUCCUUAUUGGAUGCAAGUCAGAUGCAGAGGCGGACACGAUUUAUAAGGAAUUGUCAGAACAUUUUACUGUCAAGUCACUUGGAGCUGCGCGGUUUAUUUUGGGCAUGGAAGUUAACUACUCACAAGAAAAGGGGGAGUUGGUGUUGAAACAGUCCCAAUUUAUUAUGAAGGUGGUCUCGAAGUUUAAGCAAAAUGAAGCUUAUGCAGUUCGCAACCCUAUCUGCGCAGGACAGGACCUAACUCCGGAUGAAUCACACCCAGUGGUUAAAGACAUUACUUCGUAUCGCAAAUUGGUCGGCUCGCUGCUGUAUAUUACGAAUGCAACGCGACCGGACAUAAGCUACGCGAUGUCAGUAUUAUCGCAGUACUUGGACCAGCCACGACAGAUGCACGGGCGUGCGGCUUUACGUGUUUUACACUAUCUCAUGGGAACAAAAUCGCACGGAAUUAAGUAUAGCAAAUCGGACGACAAAAAGAUGAUGCUUUGGGCAUACUGUGACGCGAAUUGGGGAAAUGAUAAGAAAACUCGUCGAUCUACGUCUGGAGUGUUGAUUUUACUCGGAGGUGCAGCUGUCGUAUACAAAAGCAAACGCCAAAGUUCGGUGGCUUUAUCCUCUGCUGAAGCGGAAUAUAUGGCACUGGCACUAGCUACGCAAGAAGUUAUGUGGAUUCGUUAUUUGCUGAAAGAGAUGGGUGUCACAUGUAAGACUGCGACUACAGUGCACAUGGACAACAAGUCAGCUAUAAGUAUUGCGACGAAUCAGGGAUAUACUCCAAGAGCUAAGCACAUUGACCUUAGGAUGCAUUUUGUUCGAGACCACAUUGAGCAAGGUGAUAUCCAGCUCAAACAUGUUCCGUCAGCUAUGCAACUUGCUGAUUACCUGACAAAGCCGCUUGGUGCUCCACAAUUGAUGCGACUACGCGAUGAAACUGGAAUUCGCGAGAGUGCAAGUUGA